AUGUCGAUCCUUAAGCUAGAGCUUACUAAAGCCUACCUUAUCGACAAUUUCAACAAAGGUUUUAUCGAACCUUCAAUAGCGCUAUUUGCAGCUCCAAUCUUGUUUGCUAAAAAGCAAGACGGUUCCUUCCGCUUUUAUAUUGACUUCCGCGCGCUAAACAACCUUACUCGUAAAGAUCGAUACCCUUUCCUUUUGAUCGAUAAGACCUUCGCACGUCUUUUAAGAGCUAAAAUCUUUACGAAACUCGACAUUCGGCAAGCCUUUCACAAAAUACAGAUAGACUCAGCUUCAAAAGAGCUCACAACAUUUAAGACACGCUACGACGACAUCCUGAUCUACUCCUCCGACCUUUUGGAGCACGCUUAUUACGUUCGCUAA